AUGUUAAAAUCGUCUCAAGACCAACACUGGUCACAAGCACCCUUAGAUUCAGCAUCUGAAGAAUCAGAAGAUGGGAUGAGAUUAUUGCUGCUUUCUAGAGUUAUUCUUGGAAAAUCAGAGAUUUUUCCACGAGGCUCUACUCAAUCAUGUCCAAGCUCUCCAGAGUUUGAUUCAGGUGUAGAUGAUUUAGCUUCUCCAAGCAAGAAGUGUAAAGAGAUUGGAUCACCAUGGAUGGCAUUUCCUGUAUUGAUCAAAGCAUUAUCCAAGUUUUUACCUUCUUCUCAAAUACUCAUCAUUCAAAAACACUAUAAAGAUCAGGAAAACAGGAGAGUCUCAAGGAGUGAGCUAAUACAACGAGUCAGAAACAUAACAGGAGACAAGUUGCUUGUUCAUAUCAUCAAAGCUUUUGGACAUAAAGCACAACACUAA